CUCCCGGCAACACAACCCCAAAAGGUCCCCCUUUGCUCUCUUUCAACAUGGCGGCCCACGCACGCGCCGACAUACCGUCCAGGCCGAAUUCCCUCGUCCUUCUCGCCAGGGUGUGCCCUACUCCCACCAAACCGCUCCCGCUCACCUCAGCAAGGAUCGGGCUUCCUUUCCCACGGGGCCAGGUGCCGAGCUCGAAGCGACGGAAGAUUCUUCCUCCUUGACUGACAGGACCUUUACAUCGGAAGUAGCAGAUUCGUCACGGGCCCUGUUUCCGUUUUUGCUUUUAUUUUAACAAAUUUAAUCACAUGCCUUGAGCAUCGACUGCAUAUCGUCUCCGAAGAGAAUGAACUUUCUGUUUCUGUAAAAAUUUUCACGAAGACAGAAACUGCUAAAUUGAACAAAAGUUGAAAGACGAUCGAAUGUGCAGCUAGUUGUCUGGGAGCCGCUGGAUUUCUCUCCGUAGCAAGGAGGUGUUUCAGCGCGAUGCGAGUUUUGGUUCUUAGGCUCGCUUUGAGAAUUUGAUUAAUAUUGUGGGAUUUUUUUACUCAGAAAAUGCGUGUGCCGGUUCACAAGGAAACUUUGUCAAAAUAUUCGGGUAGAUUACGACUUGUGGUACAACUUGAAAUGGCUUGAGACAGUUGUGCUUUUCAUGAUGAGUCUCGUGAUUUCUUCAGCCACUCAUUUUCUGAUUAAUUCUUACAAGUGGGUCAUUUCUGCGAACAGCUGAUCUCAUUUUGAUUCCAGUCCUAUUCUUAGAAGCUUCACUGUGGAGAAAAUCUGGUACACCUACCACGAAGAAAACUGCCAAUACGUUCCUGGGAAAGACAAGCUCCAUUGCUGGAUUGUCUGCCUAUGACUAUUACAAACCCUGAAUUAAAUCUAAAAUAACCCGUUUUGUAAUCCACACUGCUAAUAUUCUCAGUCAUGCCCUGUGUAGCUGCAGAAUGUUUUCUAAUUUCGAAGCGGUGAUUUUUGUCUUAUCUAUUACUCCUCCCUUCCCAACCCAACUGUCAAGCGCCUGGCACACAAGCUUAGUGUUUGUUGGAGGGAAGAAUCCAGAAUACCCGCUAAUAUUUUUUGAGCCUUUCCUAAGCGCUUUUUGUCACAGUCAUUGUCUCAUGAUCUCAUAUAUUCCUCACAACGACCCUACUCCGUAGGUACGGUUAUUUACCCAGGAGUAAAGUGAGGCUCGGAGGACUUAAGUAACUUGCAAAGGCCACACGCUGGUCAAGUGGAGGAACCCAGGAUAGAGCCAGGUGCACAGCGCAGGGAAUCUCCAUUUAACUGAGGGUCAGAUGCCGCCGGUCCCGGUGACCAUAGGCCUGGAAGCUCUGCGCAACACGGACCACUAGACUCCCGCGCGCUGCCACCAACUGCUGUUUUCUGCUUUGCCGCACGCUUCAGGAAAUAUUCUCAGAGACCGGAUCUGCCUCCCCUACCAUGCAAAUUCUAUGGUUGGAACACCUGAGUGCAGAAAGGGAAGAGUUGUGUGCUUUUUAGCCUCCUUCCCAGAAUGCGGUGGAAACUCCGCCCCUGUCUCCGUGGACACCCUGCUUCUGCGGUGGCUGUCACCAAGGGCGGAGCUGGGGUCGCUGCCCCUCCCCGUCUGCAACAGCUCUCGGUCUGGGAGCGAUCACUGUCACCCCUUAACCUCUCUGUUCCUCUUCGCGGCGGCCCUCCCUUUCCCUUGUCCUUUCGUGCCCCAACCACAACCUGGAGGCCGCACUCCAGCACGGGCCUCCGCUGGGACGGUGCACCGGGAGUCCUGGCCUGAGAUCUGCCCUGCGUGGCCUCCUCCUACAGCCCCUCUCCGGGCCCACCCCUCGGCUGCGCUGAUUGGCUGCGCCUGCCCCGCCCUGAACAGGCAGGGUCCACUGACCCGCGGAAAGUUUUCCGUGCCGGGAGGAAGCUGGACAUUCGGAGACUCCGAGAAAGCAGCAGCUCCGGAGGCUGCAGGGGUCUGGGCGGCCAUGGAGGAGCCCCCUUUGCGAGAGGAGGAAGAGGAGGAGGGGGACGAGGCUGGGCCCGAGGGGGCCCUGGGCAAGAGCCCCUUCCAGCUGACCGCUGAGGACGUAUAUGACAUCUCCUACGUGAUGGGCCGCGAGCUGAUGGCCCUGGGCAGCGACCCCCGGGUGACACAGCUGCAGUUCAAGAUCGUCCGCGUCCUGGAGAUGCUGGAGGCGCUGGUCAAUGAGGGCAGCCUGACGGUGGAGGAGCUAAGAAUGGAGCGGGACAACCUCCGGAAGGAGGUGGAGGGGCUGCGGAGAGAGAGCUCGGCGGCCGGCAGGGAGGUGAACCUGGGACCAGACAAAAUGGUGGUUGACCUGACAGAUCCCAACCGACCACGCUUUACUCUACAGGAGCUGAGAGACGUGCUGCAGGAGCGCAACAAACUCAAGUCGCAGCUGCUGGUGGUGCAGGAAGAGCUGCAGUGCUAUAAGAGGAAGCAUGGCUGCUGGCAAUCAGCAAGUGAGAGAGAAUAGCCUUCUUCCAACUUCUGUACAUCAAAUCCAGGGAAGUACUCUGGCCCUCUUUGGGUCACCUGACCUAAAUAUCUUAUUGAUCAAUAUCAAUCUAGGUCUUAUCACCAUCUGACUUACUAUAUAUUUUUAAAUUUUACUUAUUUAUUUGUUUCUUGACUGUUUCCUUUCCCAAUGGGAUAUAAAUUGCAUGAGAGAAGGUAUUUUAUCUAUUUUGUUAAUUGCUAUAUCUAUAUACAUUGGUACAAUUUGUAGCUUAAUAAUAUUUGUUGAACGAAUGAAUGAAUUCCAUUUAUUAUCUCGCUUAAUCCCUCAAUCCUAGGAAUUAGGUACUUUCAUUAUCCUUAUUUUACUAAUUAGGAAAUCAAGGGUUAAGUUAAAGGAUUUAUACAUUGUUAUAUUUCUAGCAAUUGGAGAAGCUUAAAGUACCAGCCAAUGGAAUUAGCCAAGGGAAAGAAAGAAGAGGUGUCAACAGUGGAAAGGUGGAAGGAAGAUUCUAAUCAUCUGAGUCAGAAUGUCUAACUGUAGCAUUUCAAUGAUAAUAUUAUUAAUAUAAUAAUAAUUAUUAAGCACCUUCACUUUCAGAGCUGCACAGAUAAGAGAUCUACAAUAAAACAACCCACUUAUUU